AUGGAGUCUAGCACAUUAGCUUCGAUUCACCCCAAUCUAGAAGGCAAACUUCGCCAAUCGGCGAAACGCACACGGGCUAUGUUUCUUGGGACAAAGGCACCGGGAUCAAUAUCAGGAUUGGCACUAGUUGUUGACGAUGACGAAAGUCAGAAAGUAAAAGUUCGAGUAAAACUAAAUGACGAAUAUGGCGAAAUAAAAGAACUUCCAGCGGCUGUGGCAGCACAACAGGGUGGGAGAGUCGGAACCGUUGGACCUAAGAGAUCACAAACUGGAAUAGAGGGGAAUGAUGGAAGUACAAGUGCGAAUGGAGCAGAUAAUGAAGAAAGCCAAAUAAACGUUACCGGUGGAAAUUUAUAUCCGAAUGCUCCCGGUGUCACGCUAGCAUCAGACACAGCAAUGGAAAGCGAAGUCUCAGGGGCUGGCAUCCAACGGAUACUGGACGAUCUCGAGUCGGCUAAAGCAGAGUUCGUAAAAAACUCACUAUACUUUUUCCUCGUUUCUUUCGUUCUCCGCCUAACUGUUCCCGCCAUCAAUUAUAGGCAAGAAUCAUCAAAAACUUCCCAUGGUGUUAUCGCCAUACGACAACGCGCUGGGUUCCGAGCCACUCCUGAAGCCGCUAAACCCAUAGGCUCGUUAGUCCGUCGUCAGACGCCAAGACUGCAGAAACCCGAAUGGCAUCCACCAUGGAAACUAAUGCGAGUAAUUUCAGGACAUUUGGGCUGGGUGAGAUCAGUGGCUAUUGAGCCUGGGAAUCAAUGGUUUGUUACUGGCGCUGGGGAUAGAACUAUCAAGAUCUGGGAUCUUGCAUCGGGUACAUUAAAACUUUCGCUUACAGGACACAUAUCCACAGUGCGAGGGUUGGCUGUGUCGCCGAGGCAUCCAUAUCUGUUUUCUUGCGGAGAGGAUAAAAUGGUCAAAUGCUGGGAUUUAGAACAGAAUAAAGUUAUUAGACACUACCAUGGACAUCUUUCUGGAGUGUAUUCACUAAGUCUGCAUCCAACUUUGGAUGUAUUGGUUACCGCUGGGAGAGACGCGACAGCCAGGGUAUGGGAUAUGCGAACAAAGCAAUGUAUCCAUGUCCUAAGCGGUCAUAACUCGACAGUAGCGGAUGUAAAAUGUCAGGAAGUUGAUCCACAGGUUAUUACCGGUUCUAUGGAUUCGACCAUACGUCUUUGGGAUUUAGCUGCUGGCAAGACAAUGGUCACACUUACGCAUCACAAGAAAUCUGUCCGUGCUCUCGCGUUACAUCCAACAGAGUUUGCGUUUGCCAGUGGGAGUGCGGAUAAUAUAAAACAAUGGAAGUUUCCCGAAGGAUUAUUUAUACAGAAUUUUGAAGGUCACAAGGCAAUUAUUAAUUGCUUGACUGUAAAUGCCGAUAAUGUAUUAUUCUCGGGAGGUGAUAAUGGCACAAUGGCAUUCUGGGAUUGGAAAUCCGGAUAUAAAUUUCAAGCGCUUGAAACCACUGUGCAACCAGGUUCGCUCGAAUCUGAAGCAGGCAUAUUUGCGUGUACGUUCGAUCGAACUGGUUUACGUCUGAUAACAUGUGAAGCAGAUAAAACCAUAAAAAUAUGGAGGGAAGACCCGAAUGCGACCCCGGAAACACAUCCAAUAAAUUGGAAACCGUCGCUUGCCCGCACGCGAUUUUAA